UGACAAGAUGGCGGACAAGAAGAAAGGAAAACUAACACCUAGCUAUUUAUAUUUGUGUUUUAUUGUGUUAGUUUUGACUGUCCAGACAAUAUACACAGAACUGGAUACAUGUUCGCUGUCUAACUGUGUCGAGGGUAGAUGUGUAAAUGGAUCGUGCGUGUGUGACGUAGGGUGGGCUCCUCCAGAAUGUAAACACUGCACUGGCAGAAUCAGAUUACAAAAUACGGAUGGGAUAAUCUCGGAUGGUCACGGUAAUUACUCGGAGGACAAUAAGUGUACGUGGCUGGUGGACACGGGGCGGGAGAACACCUCCUUGUGGUUCCAGUUCCAUCAGUUCUCCACCGAGUGUGGCUGGGACCACCUCUAUAUCUACGAUGGAGACUCCGCAUUCUCUCCAUUACUGGCAGCUUUCAGUGGUCUAAUACAUAAGGAUUACACGUCCACCACUGAAUUACAAGAGAUCCGCACCAGCUCAGGCAAGGCUUACCUGUACUUCUACAGCGAUGCAGCGUACAACAUGUCAGGGUUCAAUAUUACCUACAGGACUGGUGGUUGCCCUAAGAACUGCUCCGGGCAGGGGGACUGCUCGGGGGAUGUUUGUGUUUGUUACGCGGGGUACCAAGGGGAGGAUUGUGGUGAUUUCAUCUGUCCCAGUAACUGCUCCCUCAAUGGGGACUGUGUCAAUAACCACUGUCAGUGUCACACUGGAUUCACAGGUUUGUUAUUUACUGUCAACAUCCACUGUCAGUGUUACGCAGGAUUCACAGGUUUGUUAUUGAUGUAUUCCGUCUUAUCUUUGUUAAUGUUGGAAGGGUAUAAAACAUCCUCCAAAGAUUUAGAGGUUGUCAGUCAUCGGGGAGGAUAUUUAUCUAGCCCCCCUCCUUCGAACAAGUUGUACGUAUUUGGGGGAGUGGAGGGAAAUGUGACGUCCCGCGAUCUGUGGAUAUUUAACACGACAACCCUGGUGUGGUCCAUACAGCAUUACAACAGUACUGUACCCAUACCAAUGGGGGUGGCAGGCCACACAGCUCACAUUGUCAGGGGCGUCAUGUAUGUCCUCUUUGGUUAUAGUCCAAUCUACGGCUACCAGAACAGGAUCCAGGAGUACAACAUAGCCAAUGAGAGCUGGAGCGUUCCCCGGACACGAGGGGCGCUGGUCCAGGGAGGUUACGGUCACUCUAGUGUGUACUACCCCGCCCUGGAUAAGAUCUAUAUCUACGGUGGAUAUCACGCCCGCAGCACCUCAAACUACGACCUCACUGACCAGCUGUACUCGUUUGAACCUGCUACAAGAACCUGGAUAAAAUUACGUCGUAACCAGCUUCCCCGUUACCUACACUCGGCGGUUAUUAUUGACGGAAUGAUGAUUGUGUUUGGUGGGAACACCCAUAACGACACGUCUAUCAGCCUCGGAGCCAAGUGUUACUCCCCAGACGUAUUACAGUAUGACAUCAAGUGUAACACAUGGUCCCAGCUUAACUCCUCUGUCCUGGCGUCACAUGGGGCUCGUUAUGGUCACUCAGCAGUCACAGUCCACAGGAAUGGUAGGACUGAGAUGCUGGUCCUGGGAGGAUUCAGUGGAAUCAUGGAACCUAAUGCUCUUCUUCUAUCUCCAGGGAACUGCUCCUAUUACACGACAAGAGAGGACUGUCUGGGGUCGGUACAGGGAAGGUCAUGUGUGUGGGCGGGGGGACUGUGUGUCUCCUUGUCUGACCCCAAUGCUGGCGGCGCCGAGGAGAAACAGUGCGAUCCCACAGAGGGUGGUGAUAAGCAAUGUGGUUCCUUCACGACGUGCCCCACCUGUCUGUCCACCGCCUACAACUGUGUGUGGUGUGUUCAUAACUGCACUGCGGCGGACCAGUGUACCAACACCAAUCAGAUGAAACCUGAGUCAGCCAGCGACCUUUCCCAGUGCCCCAUUCAGGGAGAACCACCCUGCGCGGAACAACACAAAUGUCAGGGGUGUAACUCCUUCCCUGACUGCCUGUGGGGGGCUAGUGGAUGUACCAAAAAUGACCAACCAAAAAAUGAGAAAAAUGACACCGACGAUCAUAAACUUUUUGUGCAAAUGGAAAAUCAAAUCACUUCUGCCCACAUUGGCCGCUGUCCCUCUAAACACAGCAGUGUCUGUUCUCUCUUCCACAACUGUGUGGCGUGUGUACAGUCCAAAUCCUGCAAGUGGAAUCAGACCGUCAAAGAAUGUCAGAAAAGAUCACAUACGAUUGGAACUCACUAUACAUUCAAUGACUUUGAUAACCCGGAGAAGACACCAUGUCCUACGCCUUGCUACAUGAAUACCACAUGUGAGUCGUGUACAUCACAAAAAUGUAUGUGGUGCAGCAAUCAGCAGAAAUGUGUGGAAACCAAUGCCUAUGUGGCCACAUUUAUAUAUGGCCAGUGUAUGGAGUGGACCACAGACAAAUCUAAAUGUCCAGCAACCCGCUGCUCUGAUCUUCACUCUUGUAAAGAUUGUCAAUCUAACCCUCUGUGUGGGUGGUGUAAUGAUCCUAGCAACACAGGGAUUGGUCGAUGUAUGGAGGGCGGAGCCUCUGGACCUGUCAAUCAAACUAAUCCCCACCUCACUGACCUUAGCAAAUGUCCAGCCAGUCAGUGGUUCUUUAUCAACUGUCCAGAUUGUCAGUGUAAUGGACAUAGCACAUGUCUAAAUGUGACAGGAGUGUGUGACAGUUGUCAAAACAUGACGGAAGGCAAGUCCUGUGAGAGAUGUGUUGAUGGUUACUAUGGUGAUGCCAGUAAUGGAGGCAGUUGUUCUGCUUGUCAGUGUAACGGCCAGGCGGACUCGUGUGACAGGAAGUCGGGGGCGUGCUACUGUAGAACCAGGGGAGUGAUCGGGGAUAAAUGUGAAAAGUGUGAUGAACCCCAUAAAUAUUUUGGAAAUCCCAAAACAGGAACCUGUUAUUAUAACUUGGUGACAGACUACCAGUUCACCUUUAACCUUUCUAAAUCAGAGGACAAAUCGUACACCCAGAUCAACUUCAUGAACAUCCCGUCCUCCAGUGAACGUGAUGUGGAUUUUAAAGUAAAUUGCUCUGGUGUAGCCUACUUAAAUAUAACAAUGAAGAAAAAAUCUCAGGGUGACCGGGAGACGAUGAUCGUCAAACAACACUCGUGUAAUUACUUCAGGGCUAAGUUUGAUCACGGGGAAUAUUCCUUUGGUCCCUCAGAAAACACUACAUUCCUUGUCUAUGUCUACGGGUUUAAAACCCCAUUCUGGCUACAGAUCUCUUUCUCACAGUUUCCUAAGAUAGAUUUAGUUCACUUCUUUGUGACUUUUUUUAGUUGUUUCCUAUCGCUGUUAAUUAUAGCAGCAGUUUUAUACAAAAUCAAACAUAAGUAUGACAUCUACCGUCGCAGACAGCGUAUGAUGGUGGAGAUGGAAGAAAUGGCGAGUCGGCCAUUCUCCUCAAUCACUGUGGAGAUCGACAGAAAGUAUGAUCCAGUCGGAGCAGAGAAAAAAGAAACAGAUCUCAGAAAACGGAAAAAGACUAAUACAAAACCCAGUCAGAUUGCAUAUGAGCCAUUAAAUCACCAGAAGGCUGCAGUUAUAUCACUGAUAGUCCAACUACCAACAGGGGAUGAUGAGUGGACCCCUAAUGGGGCCUCAGGGGUAGCCAUAGCUAGUGCUCUGGUCACAGUUGGCCAUCAUCGAAAGCAAAGCUUAGAACACGGAGGAAAAGGGGACAAAAGUAAACAUAAAAAAGUGUUGUUUCCUGGGAACCAGGAUAUGUGUGUCUAGUAUCCGGAACACUCCCCAGGGAUCCACCCUUGUGUUCACAGGGAGUGAUUAUUGUGUGUGACUGAAAGGGAGAGGUUAUUAUUCAACCUUCCUUCAUGAAUCUUACAAAAAAAUCAAGGUGCUAAUGUGAAAUUACAACAAAAAAACAUACUUUUUUCAUCAGUUUCAACAAUGCAGUUUUACUUACAAAUAAUUACUUACUGAUAGUGUAUAUUGUGUAAUAUAUUUAAAGAUUUUAAAAUUUGUUACAAAGACAUAUUCCAGUGUAGGACAGUCUUUAUUUCCUUUAUUUUUUCUUUAAAUGGAUUCGGACUUGUGUCUGAAACAUUAAGGGCGAAUUUGUUUUUCAAAAACUGGGUUUAGUUUUGAACCGGUUUUGUAAACUGUUCAUUUGUUCCACAAACUAGUUUUAAACUAGUUUAAACCCAGAACCGGUUUUCCAUUUGUUUUGGCUGUAACUGAAAUCAGUUCGUUAAACCAACCAAACCACCUCCGAUGGUGGUUUAUUCAGUUUACGAAAGAGCGGGAAGUAUUCCAGUAUGGCGGUGAUGAAAGAUGGUGACUAUUUUAAUAAAGAAAAACAGAUAUAAAUAAUUGUUGACUAAAUGCCACAUUCUGAUAUUUGAUGUUUUAUAUAUAAGGCUUCAGAGAAUAGAUAAAUGCUGCAUAUUGAAAAUAAUGGUGUUUGUUCAAUAAUAAUGAACAGAAUAUGUUAGAUUUUCCUUUUCAAAAAUAAGUUUUGAAUCAUUUGGACAAACUUCAACAUGUAUGGUAAAUUGUAGAACAUACUGUAAAGACAGCUUAAGUAUUGGGAAUCUAAAGAGCAAUUAUAAAUACUCGGGGUUUUUGUAUUUCCAUGUGUUAAAAAUGUGGAAAUUGUUCAUUUGAUUAAUCUUUGAGACAUUAAAAAUAUAAA